GGAAGUUUAAUGUCUUUAUUUUUAUUUUUUGUAUGUGUGAAAGCAAAUGAGCGCCUUCAUUGCUUCAUUGGUCCCUGAGGAGUACUGUGAGACAUAAGAAACAUCCUUCUGCCUGAGCAGACACCUCUUGAGUUACCAGCUAUUAUGCUGUAGUGGGUGGCCAGUUGGUUUCCUGGGUGGCCAGCUGGUGGCCCAAGGAGAGAAGCAGGCAGUUCUAACUGGCCACUGGAAACAGUACCAUGUGUUGGGUGGAACCAGCCUAGGGCUGUUGCUGAGCUGAAGCUCAUGAGCAGCUUUAUGGGAACAAGAUGCUGGGAGCUGGGCUGGCUCUCUGAGGAGUUGUGUCCUGCUGUGCUGGGGCUGCCGGGCAGUCACAGAAAGCAACCUGUGUGCAGAGGCCGGCUGUGUGCCUCCCUUCAUGGCCUCUCCCAGUGACCGUGUCCUUCACUCACCCUUCUUGAGUUCUGUAUGUCCCACACUGCUGCCUUCAAAUCUCCUUGCAGUCCCUGCUGAAGGAUGCCCAUAGCACCUGCUGCUACCUGGGACAGCCUUCCCACAGUUGGUGGUAGGCAUCCAGCCUCCAAAUCACCAGGUGGAAAAACGACUUCCAAACCUCUGUUGUUGGCACUCUGCAGCUCUGGGAUGCAGCUCAGUUAGUGCUGGUGGGAAGGAACUGAGGGAGCUCUGUUCCAGCAGGCAGGGCUGGAAUUCUUGCUUGAGAGGUGUGACACUGGUUAUCUUCCCUGCUUAUAUCCAUGUACUGGCCAACUAAAAUACUCCAUUAAUAUUAGGUUUAAUGGGACAAAAAAUUUUUUUCAUGGGAUCGUAGGGAAAUCUGAUAGAGAUGGGAAAGAAGUGUUAAAGGAGUAUUAAAUGGUUUUGAUAGCAUAGAGAGAAGUAGCACAUGGAACCUGGUGAUGUGAAGAAACUUGUUAGAUGUCAGGUGGGGUUCCUUUGGGGGCAGGAGCCACCUCUUCCUCUGUAGUAGCUCAUGGAGCACAAAAAUCAGAUUAUGAAAAUGCUGUGAGUUGCAUAACUGGCCCGUCCAGGUGAACUUUGCAAGCACUGAAAUGUUUUGAAGCAGAGGGGACAGCAGAGCAUUCUGUUUGAUUUGGAAAAGGUGUAAAAAAAUCUACUUGCCACAGACAAAGUAACUAUAUAUGCUUUAAGGGCUGCAGACAUCCUCUAUUUUACAAUGAAGUGCAGACAAGGCCAGUGUAUGCUCUAAGAGGAGCAUGCACUUACACCACUUUUAGACUAAAAAUGUCUAAAAUGUGCAGUUACAUGUGCACAGCUACUACAACUGGCCCUGCCAGUGUGGUGUUGGGGCACAGGAACUCCUUGUUAGCUGGGUAUGCAGUGUAGCUGCCCAACCUUGUAGGGCAGGAUCUGAGACUGAAACAUGGUUCGCAAAAGUUGCUUUAAGAGUUGCAGUUGGGAAAAUACUAACACAAAGGUGUUAGACACUAUGUAUCUAGAUUCAGCUCCACAGAUGUCAAAAAGUGUUGAUGGUCUCGUUCUGCCCUGAAAUAGGAACAUAAAAAGAUUUCUUGAUAGGAAGGGUGUGGGUGUAUUCAUGCCUCUUCACAAGUGGGAAGACCUCUUGGUGACAGAGAAUGUUAAUUUUGAGUAACAUUCAAGCCAAAUUUAGUGGGCUUUCCCAUGAAUGUUAUUGAACCACACUCUGCAGCUGCAUCUCAUUGUGGCUUCUUCAUCAUGGAAGAAAAUAUGCAGUUGAUCUGCACAGUUGAAUUUUAAUAUUUUAAUGAUAGCCCUUCCAAAAGUAAAACAGCAACUCAGGCUGCUGAGAAAAAACCAGUCAGGAACAUGAACCUGUGAGUUUAGAAAGACCAGUGACACACAGGAGCUUGCUGCAGACCUCUCACACAUCCCUCCAUUCCUCAGCCAGCCAUCUGCUGUCGUGGAGGUGAGAGGUGUUCCUGGGCUGGACUCUGCCCAUCCUGGCACUCAGCUCUGCCCAGUGCUGCUUGCUUUUCCCCAGCCCUCUGGAGGAUGGGUCACACUGGUGGUGUGAUACUGCAUGUCUGCGUGACAGAGCUGGGCUGCACUGCUGCCACACAGUCUGACCUUGCAGUAGGAUUGUUUAGUGCCAGUUAAAUGCUUUUCUUCAACGUGACAAUCCACACUGACUUGACUGAUCACUGAGUAUUUUUCACUGGAGCCAUAGGUAGGUGUUUCAGGAGCUUAGGACCAUCCUGUUGUCCUUCCCCUCUUCUCUCCCAGCCAUAUAGGAAGUCAUCCUGUGAGAUGAGAAGAGAAGGGGACCAGCUGUUAGCCUUGCCAGGGCCAUGGCCCUGCAGCUGUGGUGGAAUCCUCCUUGUGCCACCAGUAGGGCCAGGAGCAGGCUGACCUCAGCAGCGGGAGCACGUGAGUCAGGUUCACCUUGCUCUUAAUCCAUGUGAAGAUCCGUUGGAAACACCUCUAGAAACCCAAGAGUUUUCAGUCUCCUAAUAAGUUCUGUUGUGUCCAAGAACAGCCUGCCCAAAUGAGCAAGACAUCCCAACAGAACACCACCACAGAUGCGAGCGGAGUAAGUGUGAUUCACACUCAAGCACACUCCAGCGGUUUGCAGCAGGUUCCCCAGCUGGUGCCAGUUAGUCCUGGUGGUGGAGGCAAAGCUGUGCCUCCGAGCAAACAGGGAAAGAAAAGUUCCUUUGUGGAUAGAAACAGUGAUGAGUAUCGUCAGCGCAGAGAGCGGAACAACAUGGCAGUGAAAAAGAGCCGGUUAAAAAGCAAGCAGAAAGCACAAGACACGCUGCAAAGGGUCAACCAGCUCAAAGAAGAAAAUGAACGUUUAGAGGCAAAAAUUAAACUCCUGACCAAGGAGCUGAGUGUACUGAAAGACUUGUUCCUUGAGCAUGCCCACAAUUUUGCAGAUAACGUGCAACCUGUUGGCACUGAGACCACCACAACAAAUCCAGAAAACAGUGGACAGUAGACACCUGCGACCUUUUGAAACAGACUCUUGAGCUGCAGCUUGUCUGCAGUGCCCGUGCAGUAACCCAGCAAAAACUGUACCUGUAGUCACUGUUUUGUGGAGAUUUUCUUCUUUUAGAUUUAACACUGAAGAUUUGUUAACAAUUAAACCAGAAACUGGUUAACUGUUUGUUUUAAAUAUUUUUCUCCUCAAAGAUUUAUGCAGAUCUGAACUCCUAGCCAACAAGAAAUGUAAUAUUUAGGAAAUAACAUUUUCACAGGAAUAUUCACUUACCAUGUUAGACUUUGCAUAAUGGGAGGAAUCCAGAAGGAUGGCUCAUUGUAGUAUCAGAAACAUGUGAUUGGACAGAACGUCUUUUAAAUACCUGUUAAGAGUAUUUAGCCCUUUGUUUUCUCCAUUUCAUAUUACAAACUGCAAAGGCUGUGGAGAAUUUUUGCUUCUUACUAUAAAUCUGUAGAAUUUAAGUCCUAUGAAGCACCAUGUAGGUCCCUCCUGCCCAGUUAUAGUUAGUGGGGAGGUUGUAGUUAUAAUGAGCUGGGAUGCUUACCAAUGUUCACCAGAAAAAUAACAAUAUACUCCGAUGAUAUAUACAGGCAGUUGGCCUCCAAAUGGCAGGUGAAGCAUCCUGUACAAGAGGCAAAGCAGCACACUGGCAAAGCCCUUUAUUUAAGCUUGUAUUUCAUAUUGCUCACAUAGUGACUGGGGCCUUAUGAGAACAAGAGCUUGUUUUCACAAAAUUUCAAAAUGCUAACAAAAAACUCUGCUCUGUACAAUUGCAUUCUUGCUGGGAAGGAAGUAUUAAGGAGAACAAAAAGUUCAAGCAGCUUGACUUGGAAGGGGCAGGAGAGCAGGCAUUGAGCUGGGAUGUAUGGAUCACUGCUGGUUGACAUUGAUCUUACAGAAAUUUACAGGAAUUUUAAAAAUAAAUGGCCCUAGUAACUGAUUCGGUGAAAUUUCUACAGCCAUCAUACAUCUGUUUGAAGGAGUAUCUUUGGUCUUGUUUUAUUUCCAUAGAAGUUUUUCUGUAGCAACUUUUUUAUUGCUACUGCUUAGUCUUUGCCAUGAUCCAUAAUGCAGUGCUAUGUGCUAUACUGAGGAUUUAAACAAAGUAAAGCAGGAACUUUGAUGUAACUUUAAUUUAUUUUAAUUUUUAAAUAUUUCAUUGAUGGUAUGGUUAUUUUACAUUUAACCUGUGUGUCUGUUUUGUAGAUUACUACACUGUCUUAAUUUCCCUCUUACACUACCUUUGUCCAUAGAUUAUUUUGGAGGAUGCUUGUUUGCUCUGUAUCUGCACUUAGGAAAAAACUUGGAUGUUAUCUCUAUGAAGAUACUGUUAGAGAAUGAAACCUUGAGAAGUUCUUUUUUGAAUUUAAACUUUUAAUACAUGUGGAAAACUUUGAUGGAUUGUUUUGGAUUAUGUUAGACUUUUUACAGGUAUGUUUUUUGAUUCUAACUGCAUCUGAAGUUGGUAGGGUUGAAAUACCAGAAGCUAAUAAAAAUGUUUUGCUUGUAG